CAGCGCAGCGGGCGCGCGGGGCCGGACCCGAGCUCCCCCCGCGCGGGGGGGGGGGGGGGAGCGGGCGCAGCCAUGCAGACGCUGCACGAGCUCGCGCGCUCCCUGAACGACCCGCGGGGCCUGGAGGCCGGGCUCGAGAAGCUGCGCGAUGGCCUGCUGGAGAUCCCCAGGAUGCUGCAGCUCUGCGAGUCGGCGCAGGACGACGUCUCCCUCGGGAGGGUCAGCGGGGACCACAACUUCCGCUUCACCUUCCGCCUGGAGGGCGGCGGCUUCUUCCAGACAGGCGUGCUCAUCGCCGCCGCGGAGAGCUUCACGUCGAACAUGCCCAUCCCCCUGAAGUGCAAGUGGAAGCGCAGGGUGGGGGACCUGCCCGUGGAGAUCCCGGGCGUGACCUCGAACAUGUACCAAUCUCGGCCGACGACGUGGGCACUGAGAUCUGGGUGGAGGCGCAGCCGGCCGACGCCGACGACGGCCACCGGGGCACCGUGUUCGGCUCCAUCGGGCCCUUCGAGGUGGACCCCACCACGCGCCGCAGCCUCGACAACGCGCUGGCGCACGGCAGCGGCCGCUUUGCCGCCUCGCUGA